AUGGGAUAAAUUGAUAGUUUAAAAUAAGAAUGUUUAUCAAAGUAUGGACUUUUGGACAAUGAAAACAGAUUAAAAGCAUGGCCCCUUCUAUUAAAUGCUAAUAUUCUAGUUGAUGAUAAUGGAGUCUCACAGAAUGAAUCCUUGAUUUCAUCAAGAACAACAAUAGAUAGUAAUAGAUCGUUUAAGCCAACUGAGAAGAUUAAAUCACUUAAAUAGGAAAUAGACUGGGCAAAGUUCAUUAAGCCCCACAGAGAUUCUGAUCAAAUUGAUAAAGAUAUUAAACGCUCAUUAAAUACCUAUGAUAUUUGUAAAUCCUACGAAAAGUCUAAUAAGGAUUAUAUGUUAAAAACAUUUGAAGAAGGAAUCAUUCCUUUAUUAACAUUGCUGAUGAAACUUUUGGAAGAGCUAGACUAGGAUAUAUACGAUAUGGUUGAAUAAGGAGUUAUGGGACAACCCACCUUCACCUUAUCUUGGAUACUGACUUGGUUCAGUCAUGAUAUUGAUAAAUUUACAGAUGUAUAGCGCAUAUACGAUGCAUGUUUGGCUUCACAUCCACUUUAUGUAGUGUACAUGGCAGUUGCAGUAAUUCUAAUGAACAAACAAUCAAUUGAUGAAGAGUUUGAUUAUGAUGAUCCUAUGGUUUCUAUCUAAAUCGUUUUCCAAAACAUAGCUAAAAAAUCAUCAGAUUUCAAUGUGGAGACAAUUAUAUAGCAAGCUAACAAAUUAAUCAUUAAAAUGCCUCCUGAAAAAUUUAUCAACUCACAAUCCUCAAAACUCAAAUAAGAUAGUCCAUUUAUAAAAUACCAAUUAGAUUAGUACUAUCAGCAAAAUAAUUUAUUGAAGAAUUCAAUGCCUAAAAAAGAGGCAGGUAUAAUAAAAAACGUGAAUUAAUUAUUUUACAGUACAGCAAUAUGGGUUACUUUUUUUGCUGUAACUGUUUACAGUAUGAGUUCAUAGAAACCUUAAUGA